AUGAAAUAAUAUAUUGAAGUAGGUUAUGCUCUUUCUAAUAGAGUUAAAUGUUAGAAUUGUCUUUAACAGAUAAUUAAAGAUGAAAUCAGAAUAGGCCAUGUUUUAGCUAGACAACCUGGAUUAAAUUUUGACAAGAAAUUAUGGUAUCACUUGAAUUGUCUUAAUUCAAUAAAGGGAGAUAGAAAUUAAGAUUUAGAUAUAGUUAAUAUACAUGGAUUAAAGGAAGAAGAUUAGAAGAAAGUAAAAAAAAAAGUUGAUUAGAUAAAGAAAUCUAGUUACUAAAAAAGUAUAUAAAUAAUAAACAUUUUGUUUUAGAGGAUUAAAAGGAAGUAAAAUAUUUGUCAAAAUAGGAACACCUUUAAAAUUAUGUAAAAAUUUAAAGAGACUUACAUUUAAUUCAAAAAAAAAAAUAAUGUUAAUAAGCUAUGUUUUUUGAAUAAAUAGAUUCGCCUGAUGAAUAAUGGUGA